CAACAAGAGCAGUUCCUAGGAAUAGUGAGACAGGGGACUAGAUCGUAUUUUUUUAAAUUUGGAAAUUACAUGUUUAAGAUGGAAGUUCGAAAGCACUGCCAUGGAGAAUAUGUGUUAUUUAAUGAUAUGAUUGAGUUUGAGACGUAGCCUACAAGUGAAUCUAUACAAACUGAAUUAAAUGUACGUCUAUGUUGAAAGGACCAUGGAUAAUUUCACAUCGGAGAUAAAUAAGGACUUCUUCACUCAUGGUGCCUGGGAGAAUGAAGUGAUAGCCGUAAGUCUCUCCUUCUGUAUUAUUUUCAUCGCCUCUCUCAUCUGUAAUAUACUCGUCAUCGUCACGUUCGCAUCUCAUCGAUGUCUAAGGACGAUUCAUGAUAAACUUAUUAUCUGUUUGGCCGCCAUUAACCUUUUUACAUCAACGGGUGUACCGUUUUAUAUGAUCUAUUCCGCCGCCCUCGAUUAUAUCUCUGACCGGAAGUGGAUGUGUCUAGUUGUGUUUUCAUUUCCCUACGGAGGUAUUACAUCAUCACUUUUUGUGCACCUCGGUUUAGCAGUUGACAGAUAUGUUUGCAUUGUAAGUCCAUUUCUUCACAGGAAGAUUAAGUCGUAUCACGUGAUUAUAUGGUGUCUGAUAUCAAUAACGUUUGGACUAUCGAUAUCCAUACUUCCAGCAGUUGGUUGGAACCACUGGGAUCGUUACCAUAGAUGCGUCAUAGAAGUAUUCCCAAGUUCCUUUUCUCUAAUGUUGAAGUGCAUCGCAUUGGUAAUUUUGACGGCCAAUGGAGUUAUUCAUGUGAUUUUGCUUAGUAUUGCACACAAACAUUCGAAGAAGAUAAUCGGGGUUAUACGUCACAUUCGGCGCCUCCACACCACAUCAGACAAGAAGAACAUGAGUCUUAAAACCUUCAGCUCUACAGCAGUGGUGACGGUAUUUAUUUUGUGCGGAGUUUCCACUUUGUGCUGGCUUCCGGUCCUAGUGAUGACGGGAUUUUAUCACCUCCCGAACAUGGACCCCCUCCAGAAGAUCAUGCUCUCGCAAAUUCUCUUUAUGCCUAUCUUACUGAAUACAUGUCUCAGUCCAAUUAUCUACGUGACUCGGAACAAACACUUUCAGAAUGCUCUGAAAUCUGUAUUACUGAGACGUAAACAUGUUUGUUUCUGAAAAUGACUCAGUUUUCAUCAUUAAUGGUGGGUCUUCGCAAACUGUUUUGUUUUUCGAAACAUGGUUAAAGUAUUUUUACAAGCAAAUGCUAUAACUUCAAUGUAAGCAUAGUGAUAAGUUUCGAACAACUUUACUCUUGCUACGCCAAAGCCUUGUAUUGUAUUUUGAUUGCUUACGUCAAAUGUUGAUCUAGUGCAUGCUAUUAAGGGUACCAAUGUUUACUUGUAGAUCCUCUGGACAUAUUGUUGUGUAUAUUUGUCCGAUAACAGUCAACAUUUGUUACGGAAAUAAUCAAUAGAUUUUAAUACCGAAUGUUGGGGAAGCAUACAGGCUACUAUCAAGUCAAGUGUAUUAUAUAUAUAAUACUAUGUAAAGCACUGCUAUAGACAGAGGUUUUAAUCCUAGCAUUCGCUGACCUACAUUACCUGUGACAACACCUGUCACAGAGUAAGAUACAAUGUAGAUAUAUUUGUACUAAUCCUGGUUUUUGUGACCUAUAUUUCCUACGGCAACACCUGUCACAUGGUCAGGCCUCUAUAUUUGUGUCAACUAUUUCUUGCCUGCCUACCAUUCUGAAGUCUUCUUAAUCUGACAUUUAGUACAAUAUAAUACCUUUUUUUUUGUGUAAGUACUUGUCUUUUAUGACCUACAUAAUCUUGGGCUAUACUUGGUACAAGAUAGUUUUCAUAGAUUGAUAUCAUUAUUAAUAUUUGUCGUCCUACAUAAUUUGAGGCUAGAGUUGAUACAAUAUAAUGCUGAUAUAUUCCUAGUACAGUAGUGGCUCUUGUUUCUGACCCGAUCACACCUAUAUAAAUACCUUAUCUGAGGUAAACGUUCUCUCCAUCAGGUAUGAUUGAUGCUCGUUGGCCAAAAGUCAGGCCUCUUGAAAUAUUUAUUUGGGAGUGGACAAAGGUUAUGUCCAUGCGAGUUGAGCCCUGUAACAGUUUCUGUUUGUGAUGACGAUUUAUACUUAUUAUUUACAUGAGGUAUUAAAUGAUAAGCUAAA